AUGUCGGCAUCAGUCGCGUCACUCUUCUCGCUGAGCGGGAAAACCGCCGUGGUUACCGGUGGCACACGAGGAAUUGGACAGGAAAUGGCCUAUGCGCUUGCUGAAGCUGGCACUGAUAUUGUUUUGAUCCAGAGAGAUGAGUCCAACACAAAGACACGAGACGAAAUCAUCAAUCGCAUCGGCAAGAAGGCAUGGAUUCAUGUAGCAGAGCUGUCGAACCGCGAAUCAGUCAAAGCCAUCAUUCCAGCAUUAACAAGCCAGGGUCUGAAGCCUGAGGUUCUGCUGAACUGUGCUGGAAUCCAAAGGCGACACCCGAGUCAUAAGUUCCCGGAUGAGGAUUGGGAUGAGGUUCUCGAAGUUAACCUCACCUCCGUUUUUGCAUUGUGUCGUGAAUUUGGUGCCUACUUGCUGGCCCGAGACGCAUCCGAAUUCCCCUCUGGCCGCCGUGGCUCAAUCAUUAACGUUGCAUCGCUUCUGUCCUUCCAAGGAGGAAUUACUGUACCAGCAUAUGCAGCCUCCAAGGGAGGCAUUGCUCAGUUGACCAAGGCCCUUUCCAAUGAGUGGAUCGGCCAGGGCAUCAAUGUCAAUGCCAUUGCACCCGGAUACAUUGCCACCGAUAUGAACGAAGCCCUUAUCAACGACUCAAACCGCAACGCAGGAAUCAUGGCCAGAAUCCCUGCUGGCCGAUGGGGAAAGCCAGAAGACUUCAAGGGCAUAGUUGUGUUCCUGGCAAGCCCGGCAAGCAGUUAUGUUUCGGGCGAUGUCAUUUGCGUCGACGGAGGCUGGAUGGGGCGGUAAAAAAAUGAACUCUAUAUGAGUUUUGAUAUGGUAAAUAGACGAGUUUGCUUAUGCUAUACCUACUGUGUACCGGUCCAGCACGCAUAGAAAUAAUAUCGUUGGUCUUGGCUCUCUCUCUCAAUCCGAGAUUAACGACCCCUCUCCAUGCCUUGCUGAGAACCGCCGACUGAUUCUUUUGGGACAUUGACCCGGGAGCAAUAGUCGUAUGAUGGGUCAUAUGUUGAACCAACCACCCUCAAUUUCCUUAGAAAUAGCAAUUGGAUUGACAAGCCCCUCCUGAUGAUUGCCAGGAUAAUAUAUU